GGUCUGGAGUAACUUGUAAUGCAAUUAAUACAUUAAGCAAUGCUGGUAUUACGGCUGCCUAUCAAACCGUAUAUAGCUAUAAAAAAAAAAUAGCUGACGAAUAUCCUAUAAGGGAUAAUAAUUUAGAUGAUAACAAGCAAGAUGCUGAGAAAGAAGAAGAUCCAGAAGAGAUGGAAAUUGAUCAAUUAAACAGACAGGAAGCUCUAGAAUUAGAUUUGCUUAAUAGAAUUAGUGAAAUUAAUAGUUG